AUGCUGUCUCGGCUGCUGGAAGUCCAAGCCCAUGGUGGACUUCGAGAAAAACUUCAUGUGGGUGCCCCCUCUCUUCAAGCUGCAAUCGUGAACUGCGGAAGAGCACAACGGUGGCAGCAAGCGCUCGGGUUGCUACGAGACGCCCCGCGGUGUCGCGGGGAGGUGAGCACGGCCGUAUACAAUUGUGUGAUGAGUGCGUGCGGAAAGGGAAAUCAAUGGCAGCGGGCGUUGUCACUGUUCAGCGGAAUGACAGAAGAGGUGUUGCAGCCUGAUGUGAUCAGCUACUGUGCUGUAGCCAGUGUGUGUUCCAAAGCAUUGGAGUGGCAGCAAUCGUUGCUGGUGUUCGCAGACUUGUGUGGGGCGAAGCUGGAGCUUGACGCCUUUAGCUACUCUGCCGGGAUUAGCGCGUGCGAGAAGGGCAAGCAGUGGCAGCAGGCUCUGGCGCUGCUCAGCGACAUGUGUGAGGCGAGCAUCGAGCUGGACUCAGCUACAGCGCUGGGAUCAGCGCGUGCGAGAAGGUCAAGCAGUGGCAGCGGGCUCUGGCGCUGCUGA